AAAAAAAGGUGACCGGAGUUUGAAAUUUACCUAAAGAGGCGGUCUGCACCUGGAAUAUCAAAUUUAGCAGAGCAAACAAAGAAGGAAAUGAAGGGAUUACCUUCAAACACCUUCAAACCAUGACUCACCAAUCUGCCAAUUAGGGAUAGCCUUUAAACGGAAUAUCGGUGACUGCCGCCGCCAUUUGUGGUUUCAUUUGAAGCUCACCUCUUUCUUUUCCUUUCGCUUAAUUUCAAGAUAUGGGUUAUAUUGAUUUUGGGUCUUCUGUUUUGGGGAAAAUGAUGAAGGUAGGUGCUCAACCUGAUGUUGUAACUUUGUCCACUUUGAUUAAUGGACUUUGUAAGCGAAGUAAGAUAUCUGAGGCUUUGAGUUUGUUCGAUGAAAUGAUGGAAAAAGGGUAUCGACCUAAUUUAAUUGUUUACACUACAGUUCUUAAUGGUUUGUGCAAGACCUGGAAUACUGAUCGAGCUCUUAGGUUUCUAAGAAUGAUGGAAGAAAGAGGUUUCAAACCCAAUAUUGUAGCAUAUAGCACUGUCAUUGACUGUUUUUGUAAGAAGGGGUUACUAAGUGAGGCUCUUGAUCUUUUCUCCAAAAUGAAAGUUAAGGGCAUUAGGCCAAAUAUUGUUAUUUACAAUUGUUUAAUUCAUGGUGUGUGUAACUUGGGCCAGCAGAAGGAGGCAACCAGGCUUUUGAAUGAAAUGGCGGGUAACAAUAUUUCUCUUGAUAUUGUCACGUAUAAUAUAUUGAUAGAUGCACAUUGCAAGAAGAGGAUGAUUUCUGAAGCUGUAGAUACUGUUGAUGCAAUGAGAAAGCAAGGCAUUGAACCUAAUGUUGUCACAUACAGUAUAUUGGUUGAUGCACAUUGCAAAGAGGGAAUGGUUUCUAAAGCUGAAGAUAUUGUUGAUACAAUGAGAAAGAAAGGCAUUGAGCCUGAUGUUGUCACAUAUAAUGCAUUAAUAAAUGGUCAUUGCUUGCAAAACAAAAUGGAUGAAGCUAGAAGAGUAUUUCAGUUGAUGAGUAAGAAGGGUUGUGCACCUGCUAUACGUAGUUACAACAUCAUGAUCAACGGAUAUUGCAAAGCUAAAAGGGUAGAUGAAGCAAUGGAACUCUUUCACGAAAUAUCACAGAAAGGACCAACCCCUGAUAUUGUCACAUACAGCAUUCUUAUGCAAGGAAUGUGUGAAUUAGGGAGACUUUCAUCUGCAUUGAAACUUUUUCGAGCAAUGCUGAAGAGUAGGUUGGAACUCGAUAUUGUCUCUUACACUAUCCUAAUUGAUGGCUUUUGCACAGCUGGGCGUAUUGAAGUUGCAAAGGAAUUAUUUCUUCAACUCUCAGUCAAUGGUUUAAAACCUGAUGUUUACACAUAUGGUAUAAUGAUUAAUGGAUUCUGUAAAAAGGGAUUGCCAGAUGAAGCAUACCAGUGGUUUAGGAGCAUGGGGAAUAAUGAUUUUUUGCCUGAUAGCUGCUGUUAUAAUGUAAUGAUACAGGGGUUUUUUCGAAACAGCUAUACCUCAGAGGCAACACAACUUCUUGUGGAAAUGGUCAGUAUGGGCUUUUCUGCAGAUUUAUGCACUGCUACCUUAUUUGUGGAUCUCAUCUUACAGUCUAAUAAAUCAAUCUUGAUUUGAAAAAUGUCUUAACAGGUAGUGUAAAGAUUGUCACUUGUGAAUGUGAAUUAUUUUGUUCAUACUGCUGUGAUAAGAGUUUCUAGAAACUGCAAUGAGUGAGUUUUAAGACUCUUUGCCAAUGCCAUUCCUUACUCUUUUUUCUUUACAUUGUAUAAUGUAUUGGGGUUUUCCUCUGAAACUAUUACAUAACUUUGACAAUUAUUUUUGAAUAAUGGAAAUUGAUUGGUGUGCUUUCUUUC